AUGUUCGAUCUAUGCAGUCCGUGUCGCUCUAGACGCGACGAGGGGGAAGAGGAGGCUCGAGAGCAGGCUCGCGCUGCCGCGCAGGAACAACGACUGCAAGACCUCAUGAAGGCUGCCUACGAAAGUCUGCUGGCCCAAGAUCCCUCGCCACCGCGCAGCCUCGUUAGUAUCUUGGUUUGCUAUCCUGAGAAUAUUAGGUUUAACGUCAACAGACGGCAUGAAGUUGGUCGAUAUCUUCGAAACAUUAUCCGGGAUCGUAUUGAUACCGGCAUCCCCCGUGCUGAGCCUGAGUAUCAUCUUCACGAUUGUCGAGCCAUGGUAGUUAUCCUUAAGGAUGACGGUAGAUACUCGCCAACAUCUCAUGAGUUCCCAGGGCACCUUAACCGAAGGGCGCUUGAGCUCAUCAACUCCAGAUUGGUGCUUUGUCAUCCAGAUCUUCGAAUCCAGUAUCCUUUCGUCACGAACGGUCUUAUGCUCGCCAUGGUCCGUCUACAGAAUAAUGGUCCUCGACCCAAUCGGCCUAUCCGUUCUCCUUACCCCUGA